AUGGAGCGCGAAGAUGAAGAAACUGGGAUGAUCGAGAAGGAGGAGGGAGGGAAGAAGGUAUGGAAGGACGUAGUGAUCGGGGUCCUCCUUCUCUGCACGCUGUCCCUUGGCAUUUCGACGGCAUUGCUGGCGGCAAAAGCAGCAAACAAAGCAUCCAGUAUAGGAGAAUUCUUCUGUCAGAUCUCAGGAACGAUUCCAAGCACUCCUGCUCCUGCCCCCUCCCCUCCGGUUAUCUCAACAGAGCUGAGCAAGGUGGUGGACGAAACCAUGAGCGCCUGUUCCAAUCAAGGGUACAAGUACACUGGAGAGACAAACUGCACAUGCAUGGAUUGCUACACAGGCGCCCGCUGCCAAACAUUUGUUGGAGCGGACAAGUGCAGCAUCGACGCCAACGGAGGGAGCCCGUACAUGUUUGCCGAGUACUGGGUGCGGUAUCCUGAAACGGAGUUUCAAAUGAAGCUAUCCGAGCGUCUAGGAUACCUCCCUGCUGGUAUCAGGAGCAGGCUAGAGGAGGGCAUAAGAAAGCUGCACAAGUUAGCGGGGAACGCAGUUACGGACAACAUGAACAUCGUCUUUGGUGACGGCUCUACCCCGCUCCUGACCUUGGUAUCCACGAUUCUGCAGAGCUCUACCAACAGUCUUCCUCUCAAGGUCUGGGCCCAGAAGCCUUUCUACUCGGGCUACUCAUCCCUCUCUUACGCCAACCUCGUCAAGUUCGUCGGCGACGAGGAGAACAGGACGACGGCAGCAGCGGACGAGAAGGUCGUCGAGUAUGUGACCUCUCCUAACAACCCAGACGGAGAGAUCAGGACGGGUGUUCUUUCCCAUCCUCUCACAGUCUUCGACAAGGCCUAUAGCUGGCCCAUGUACACCUUCAUCGACCAGCCGUUCAAUACCUCUGCUCAUCCCCUCUCCCUAUGGACUCUGUCCAAGGUAACUGGGCAUGCUUCCUCCCGCGUUGGCUGGGCUCUCGUAGGGGACAAGAAGCUGGCGGACGCGAUGCAGGCCAUGGCAUGCCCCAUCGGCUGUCCGGUGGAAAGUCAGUUGGUAGCGAUCAGGGCGAUCGAGCAUGUGCUGAGCACACAAGGGGAGCUGAUGAAGUGGGGGAGGGCAAAGUUCACUGAGAGGUGGGGGAGGAUAGGCGAAGUGUUCAGGAAUGUCUCCUGCUACAAGGUCAGGAACCCUCGCGCCGAAGGAUACGAUCGAUAUGAUCAGAAAGUGUACAAACAGACGCCUCCCUACCUAUGGAUGGAAUGUCUCAACCUCCCUGAUCAGAAGAGCUGCGGGGAUAUGCUGAGAUCGUAUGGCAUGAAAUGCCGAGAUGGCGAGUAUUUCGGCAUGCCAAAGAGUUUUGCUCGCCUGUCCCUCUACGUCGCAUCCCCUGUCUUCAAUGUCCUCAUACAGAAAUUGACCAACAUGUUUGCCAACACAUGCUGA